AAUCCGUUUCCUUAUUUAGCCUACAUUAGGUGGUGGAAUCUGCUCUUCAAAGAAAAACACACGUGAAAAUAUUGAUCGGUAAAACAACAGUGAAAAGCCCAACAUUGUACAUCUCUAGGUGUCACAUAAGGGUUGUGGGACUUUAUGGAAACAUGUCAAAGAAACGGGGCAGGUAAUAUCACCCAGCAAUGGAAGCGUAGUAGCGAAGAGUUAAGCGAGAGCUCGGCAUCCACCCUGAGCCCCGACCCGGACAACCUGCUGGGCCGCAGAAUCCAGCACAACUGGAGAGAGAAGGGCAACGUGACCAAAUGGAAGGGCACGGUUCUGGAGCGUCUGACCGUCAACAGCUCCCUUUACAUGGUCAAAUACGACGGCUUUGACUGCGUCUAUGGCAUCGAGCUGUUCAAAGACAGUCGAGUGUCCACCCUGCAGGUGUUGGCUGAGAAAGUCGUGAAUAAUAAGAUCAAGGUGCCCCCUGGGGCGGAGGAACUGGUCGGACGGGCAGUGGAACAUCUGUUUGAAAAGGAGGAUGGCGAGAAAAACGAAUGGCGGGGCAUGGUUCUGUCCCGGGCCCCCAUCAUGACCCACUGGUAUUACAUCACUUACGAGAAGGACCCCGUGCUCUACAUGUACCAGCUGUGGGAUGAUUACAAGGACGGCGACCUACGUGUUCUUCCCGAAUCAGAGAACAAACACCUGCUUCCAGCCGACAGGAAGCCGGGAGAGGAGCCAGAGAGCCUCGUGGGUAAACAGGUGGAGUACGUCACAGAUAACGGCCUGAAGAGGACUGGCCUGGUCAUCUACCAGGUCCCUGCCAAGCCCACAGUGUACUACAUCAAAUACGACGACGACGUCCACAUCCACGUCUACGAUCUGGUUAAAACCACCUAGGACUAUUACUGACUGUCCCAGCCAUCGUUGACUCAGCUAGUCGUUACCGUUUAAAGUGUUAGCGACUCCCCCUCUCCGCCCUCAAGCUGGAAGGAAACGCUGCCGAGGAUGAUAACCUUUAAUUUCCAGGCCUCACGUCAUACGCAUUAUCAAUUUGAAAAUGAUUUAACGAUUAGGUUAUCAUCAAUGUGAAUAAACCAGUUGUACAGCUCAGCAGGUGACAGAGCUGUGACAGAGCUGUUAACGUCUUCUUAUAGCGUUAUAGCUUAUAAAUUAAACUUUAUAUUCGUUUAAUUUUAUUUUGUCGUCAAGACAUCCAGCAAUUUAAAAUAAUCUGCUUUCUUACAUCUUCAUGCGUUGUAAUCGUACUUCAUACGGAAUAUCUGGCUGUCCUGUUGUGCUUUACGUGUUUUACCGGGUAAGGUGACUAUCAAAGUCCUAUUCUUUUCAGUGAUGUGCCGAUUUGACCAUCACAGUGAACUCAAAAUAUUUCAGUUGAAUUGUAUUGAUAUUGAUUGUGUCACAGAUUAUUCCAGAUAAAAAGAAAACAACAACUGUGUAUUAUAUUUCUGUUCUAUUGUGUAAACUGCAAGUUUUCUACUUUCUAAUAAUAUAUCAGAUAUACUAAUGUUUGUCCAGUUGCUUCAACAGUGUUUGUGUUUCAUGCUGUUUACGUUAAAUUGGCGACCAAUAUUGUUUUCGUUUUGAAGCCAUCACUAUUUACUGAAACUAAUUUGUGCAAUAUGGCCUCAAAAUAUUAAUUGUACCCUGAAAUCUUGUUCUGUAAAUAUUUAAUUGAAUCGUUUUUAUGAAUCUAAUCAAAGAUGCUUGAAAACUG